AAUGUUUCAUUGAAGUGAAGUUUGCAUCAAUUCACCAUUCGGCUCUUGGAUCAAAUUCCAGUUCGUUUCACAAAAUUCGUUUAAAUCGCUUAAAAAAUGGCAAAAUUAGUAACGGGGGCACCAGCUCUAGUCAGUAAACUUAUGGCUCAAGCACAACCUAAAUUCGCAACGUUUCUUAAAUACGCCAGUGUUGAAUUAGCCCCACCGAGCCCUGGUGAUAUCCCAGCUAUUCGUCAAGGAAUUGCCAAAAUUAUUCGUGGUGCAAAAGAUGGCAAAUGGAAGCAAACCCCGGUUAGGGAGGCUUGGUUGAAUACUCUUGUUACCGUCGAAGUUUUAUGUUGGUUUUAUGUAGGUGAAUGUAUUGGAAAACGUCAUCUUGUAGGCUACGAUGUUUAAGUGAAUAUUUUUGAAGGGUUAUAAAAGAAUAUUUCGAUUAGUGGUUAUGUAAUAAUAAAUAUCGAUUAUAAAAUA